CGCGCGGGCGGGCGGGCCCGGCGGUUGCAUGCAGGCAACGGGGCGGCUGCGCAGAGCGGGGCACGGCACGGUCUGCCGGCGGGUGCACGCGGUGCUGAGGUGAGUGCUGGUGAAGGGGAUAGGUUGACAGCUGUGGAGACGUCAGUUUACCCUAACGCAAGGCAAAGCCUCAGGAGGUUUGGCAGUUCCUCAGCAAACCCUGCUGCUCCUGUGUGCUUGCUUUUAAAGGCUACAGCAGGGAGGAAAAGAUGUUUGGCUUUCACAAACCGAAGAUGUACCGGAGUAUAGAGGGCUGCUGUAUUUGCAGAGCGAAAUCUUCCAGUUCUCGUUUCACUGACAGUAAGCGUUAUGAAAAGGACUUCCAGAAUUGUUUUGGGCUCCAUGAGGCCCGCUCAGGAGAUAUUUGCAAUGCCUGUGUCCUCCUGGUGAAAAGAUGGAAAAAACUGCCAGCAGGAUCCAAAAAAAACUGGAAUCAUGUGGUAGAUGCCAGGGCUGGACCCAGUCUUAAAACAACACUGAAACCAAAGAAAAUGAAAACUCUCUCUGGAAGUAGAAUAAAGAGCAAUCAAAUCAGCAAACUGCAAAAGGAAUUCAAGCGGCACAAUUCUGAUGCCCACAGUACCACCUCGAGUGCCUCCCCAGCUCAGUCUCCCUGUUACAGUAACCAGUCUGAUGAUGGCUCUGACACAGAGAUGAGUGCUGGGUCCAGCAGAACACCAGUUUUCUCCUUUUUAGAUCUCACAUACUGGAAAAGGCAAAAGGUUUGCUGUGGAAUUAUUUACAAAGGCCGUUUUGGGGAAGUCCUCAUAGACACUCAUCUCUUCAAACCUUGCUGUAGCAAUAAAAAGUCUGCCACUGAGAAGCCAGAACAAGAGGGAUCACAGUCUCCAUCAAUCUCCACCCAAGAGGAGUGGUGACUUCCUUGGAUAGCUGCAGAAGGUUAUACAGAUCCUUUUAUUCUCUGGAAAAAUACUAGACAGUGACUCUGUUCACUUUGGACACCUGCUAUGCUGCCAAAAGACUAUUCCCUAGAACUGUUUUGGGUUUUACUGCUACAAUUCCACAAACUCUGAAGCCAGUUUGUAUUCUUUCAGAAAGACUGUACAUAAUAUUUAAGAUGCUAUGGAACACUUAGCAAAGCUGAAUGCUGCUGCAAGGUUGUCCCUCUAAUAUUUUUCCCCCUUCCACUGUCUUCACAAAUGAACUUGAGGAUGGGGUUUUGUAUAUUAAAGUAUAUGUAGUUCAUAUUUCUGUAUUGAAAGAAGCAGUGAUUGUCAGGCAUUUUUUAAAGUUGGUUGGUAACCUUCCUCAAAUCCCCAAGAAAAUAUUUCAUUUAGACAUGUAUGAGUCAAUGAGAUGAAUUAAUACAUAGAAAUGUUAUAAGUCACCUCUCUAGUUAUAUAAAUAUAUUUUUAAAGGUGUGGAGAUCUCACCCUAUACUACUGACAUUGUAACAAAGACAAAUAUUGCAUCCCUCCUACAUGACACUGACUGGUAACUGCAGACAUCUCUAGUGUAAGUAGUAGUUAUCUGAGAAGGUCCCCAAUGUAAAAUCCUCUCAAGAACGGGCAGGAGAGCUCUCCUCCUUAGCUAAGGAGGAAGAUAUACCUAAGAACUGAACAUAGUGAAAUGGGAGGCUACUUCCUUUUAGCCCAGCAGGAGACACCAUAGGCCUCCUGUAGUAACUGACUGGUGAUUAGAGGUGGACCAAGGCAACAACCAAGUUAGCCCAAGUUAGGUGUAGAUGAGGGUCAAAAUUGAGUAACUGGUAUUUGUGGGCCCAGUGCAGCUGAAAUGUGACCACAAAACAGACUUCUUGCAGGUUUUGAAUCUGACAGAACCAAAGCCCUGGCUAAACAAGGCAGAUUCUGCUCUGGGGAUGUAACACAGUCCUAGCUUGGUCUGGAUUCAAGAUUUCUGUUUUGGAACUCCUUCCCCUGCAGUGCUUCUGUGUUUCUUGUUAAACAACCAGCAGAUCAAUAAUUUUGUGAAUACUGGACUUACUGCGAAUUAUGAAGAGUUCUGUUAAGAAUGGUGCUGUACUGAACAGAGGCAGCUCUGUUUGCAUAUGAGAUCAAAAGAUAGCAUUUCUUACACACAUUCCCAGUCAAACUUGUGUGCAAACCAUUGUGACACUCCUUCUUACUCCACUUGGCCUUUAGGGUGAAAGCAGCUUCCUGGAAGAGUGUGCUGCAGUUUUAGCUCCCAAGUGCUAAAUAUUCCUUUUAUGAAGGUUUAACUCGUGUACCCUGGGAAUUCUUCUUUUUGUUUUUCUGGUUUGGGGGGAGGAUUUUUUUAUUAUUGCUCUUUUGGGAUAUUCUGCAAUGGACUGCUACAAGCUUUCCCUUUUGUGUGAGUUGUCAUCAUAAUAUUUUGGUGGGUAGGUCUUAGGACUGGAUUUCCAUGUAAUCUCACUUUCUGAAAUGGGAAUGGUUAGCAAAUGAAAAUAUGGGUAGGGAAAGAUGCAGGUUUUAAGAGGAGCCUCCACCCUCAAAGCUCUUUUUCCUUCUGUUGGGAAACCAACCUCUGAAGAAAACAUCAGGGGAAAUAGAGCUUUGACUUACACAGCCUUACAGCUUUCACCACUGUUUUGCUUUUUCCUAAACUCUCUGAGAUUCUGAAGGGAGGAUAAAGCUACAUACUAUGCUUUCAUCUGCAACCAAAUAAAUGGAUACUUGCUUGUGUAACUGGUUAACUAGGUUGGUCAUGUCCAAUAAGGGCUUGAGUAAGUCCUAGCUGUUUUGCAGACACCUUCCACUUGAAUUUGUUUUCAGCAUCAAUAAUUCUGUGCACCUAAGGCUGCAGUAUUUGUGGUAGGAUGUGCUCUGAUAUGGAUCAUCUCUUUUUCUGUAUUUAUUUAUUUAUUGCUAGAUUUCAACCACCAACUGCUUCCCCUACUCCCUCCCACCUCUUCCGUUCCCAGUAGUAAUGCAAGAUGAACUGUAUGUAGUCAUGCACUUUGUAUUAAUGUAUUAGAAAUCUAUGGAACCUGUUUUGUACUUUUAUACUGUUCAGACACUUGUAAUCCAAACUUUUUUUUACUAGGGUAAUGAAUAAAUUUAGACUUAUUUAGAAAAUAAA